AUUAGUAUUCUUGGAUCGCAUUGAUUUCUACUCUGGAGUAUAGCAGUUUGGUUCAGACUUAAAGUUUUUGAAAAUGGCGUCGUGGGCUGAUCUGAUUUGCCACCCCCGUCAUUUCUCAGCUCCCAGUUUCGAAAACUAGCUUCAAGAUCUCAACUGGGUCGUAGCCAUUUCUGCUUCAAUACAAGUAUAUAUAUAUAUAACAUAUACAUAUAUUCAAUCCUUGACCUUAACUAAGCUAUAACUCAUGGCUGAGCCUCGUGUGAAAACAGAGAGUCAAACAAUCCAAAUACCUCUUCUCACUCCAAAUCAAGAGGAGAGAGAAGGAGAAAACGAGGAUUUGAGUGAAGCCCUUGAAGGGUUGGAGAAGUUUCUGGCGUUUCUGGGUUUUAAUCAGGCUUGUUAUCUAAGCUUUGCUCUUUCUUGGACUGCCUUUUUGGUAAUUGGGGUUUUGGUUCCGCUCCUUGUGCUUGAGUUCUCCAACUGUUCGAGCUGUGAGAAGUAUCAGAUUAAGAAUUUCGAGCUCCAAAUCGUGGCCACGCAGGCGUGUCUCGCCGCCGUCUCUUUGCUCUGCCUUUCCCACAACUUUCGAAAGUAUGGCAUACGGAGGUUCCUUUUUGUCGACCGCCAUACCGGCCACAUGCUCCGGUUUCGAAAGGAUUAUGUUAAGCAGAUUUCGGGCUCCUUACGCUUGCUUGUUUUGUGGGCACUUCCAUGUUUUAUACUAAAGACAGCACGAGAGAUUGUUCGAGUGUAUUAUAUAAAUCGUGGUUCUUGGUGGGUUUCAACUGCUAUUUUACUAGCAUUGGUUGUGUCCUGGACUUAUGUGAGUACAAUCUCUCUAACAGCCAGCAUUUCGUUUCAUUUGAUAUGCAAUUUGCAAGCUAUCCACUUUGAUGAUUAUGGGAAGCUCUUGGAAAGGGAAUCUGAUGUUUUGGUAUUUAUAGAGGAGCACAUUCGCCUGCGUUACCAUUUAUCUAAGAUUAGCCAUCGCUUUCGGAUCUUUCUAGUUCUACAGUUCCUUGUUGUUACCACUGGUCAAUUUGUCACUCUAUUCCAAACCACAGGGUAUAGUGGAAUGGUUACUUUCAUUAAUGGAGGAGAUUUUGCAGUCUCCUCAAUUGUCCAGGUAGUUGGGAUUAUUGUUUGCCUGCACGCUGCAACGAGAAUUUCCCAUAGAGCACAAGGCAUAGCAUCACUUGCAAGUAGAUGGCAUGCGUUAGUAACAUGCGGUUCUAAUGAUUCAUCUCAUCAUAGAGGUUCAAACAACAAUAUGCUAAACUUGGAAGCUGUCCAUGCAUUGAAUUCAUUGGAUUUAAGUUACUCUGAGAGUGAUUUGGAGUCAAUGGAUUAUGUUGCAAUGCCAACUAAUACACAACUAGUUUCUUAUAUGUCAUCAUAUCACAGGAGACAAGCAUUCGUGAUGUAUUUGCAAACCAAUCCAGGAGGUAUUACAAUAUUUGGAUGGACGGUUGAUCGCGCCCUCAUCAACACCAUCUUCUUCAUUGAACUAUCUCUGGUUACCUUUGUGCUGGGGAAGACUAUUGUGUUCACAUCAAAAUGAAUGAGUUUCUACAACAACUUAGGGCUGCUCAACAUGGUCUCUUUUUCCAGGCUUGUGUUUGUUUCCAUCACCAGACAGCUUACAACGAAGUCGCCUUUAUCUGGCUCACUUGCAACACUUCACCAGUCCUAGAAAAUCCGACAGAAGCGAAUUGUUUUGCGCCUAUGUUCCAGGAAGUUCUAGCUGCUUUUCUUGGUUCAUACCAAAUACCUGGGCUAGUCAAUAAGAAGACUCAAAACUGGCAUUCCUCCAAUCUGCUGUACAUCUUAUAUUAUGUGAAAAAAAAAAUGGAUUUCACAUUAUUUAUUUCCUGAAAAUAGGUUAAAGGUACAAGUUCAAUAAAUUUUUUUCAAAAUUUGUUGUCUUUUUCAUAAUUUGAAAUUUAUAAUACAAAAAAAUCUUGCAGUACUCGGUUUAGUGGUUGAUUUCAUAAUGAUUUACAAAACGAGAAAUUACUAGUUCCAGUGGAAGGUUGUGCUAAGCUCCUAGUUGAGCCUUAUAGUUUCAACACAAUAAACAGAAGGCUUGGAAACCGUCCAACUUAGCCAGCUUCUAGGCAGUAGCUUGUUAUGUAAUUCGAACCUAGUUCAAUGUACUUAAUUUUAGAUUUGAUUUACUUUCUAACUUU